AUGGACGGAGACGACGACACCUCCGGCACGAUGAUCGACGAAAUCUACGCGAACGGCGGCGAAGAGAGCGACCAGCGUAGUCGGAGAGCAAUCAUGAGCGGCGAUCAACUCGAUGUCGAAGCGUACGCGGCUCUAUACUCAGGGAGGACGAAGAUCAUGCGGUUGCUAUUCAUCGCCAACAAAAGCAAGAACCCUACGGUACAGCUUGACACACUUCGCAUGGCGUAUGAUGAGAUUAAGAAGGGAGAGAAUACUCAGUUGUUUAGGGAAGUUGUGCAGAAGAUUAAUGGGAGGUUGGGUCCAAACUAUGAGAUGGAUUUGAGUUGGUGUGAAGGGGUUGAUCGAAAGGCUGAGCAGAAGAAAGAGAGACUCGAGAAUGAGCUUAAUGCUUAUAGGACAAACUUGAUCAAAGAAAGCAUACGAAUGGGAUACAACGAUUUUGGAGAUUUUUACUAUUCUCAUGGUCAACUAGGAGAUGCUUUUAAAAGUUAUGUCCGUACCCGGGAUUAUUGCACUACGUCAAAGCAUAUAGUUCAUAUGUGUUUGAGUACGAUUCUUGUCAGCAUUGAGAUGGGGCAAUUUUCUCAUGUCUCAAGCUAUGUUAGCAAGGCAGAACAGGGAACAGAUGCUCUUGACUCGAUAAUAAUUUCCAAGCUACGAUGUGCCGCAGGAUUGGCAAAUCUAGAGGCCAAAAAGUAUAAGCUUGCUGCUCGAAAGUUUCUAGAAACAGGCCCAGAACUGAGUAGUCACUAUAAUGAUGUAAUUGCAUCUCAAGAUGUUGCAACAUAUGGGGGACUUUGUGCACUUGCAACAUUUGAUCGAGCGGAGUUAAAGAGUAAAGUUAUAGAUAAUUCCAACUUCCGGAAUUUCUUAGAGUUAGUACCUGAAGUAAGGGAACUGAUUAAUGACUUUUAUUCAAGCCACUAUGCUUCCUGUCUGGAAUACCUUGGCAACCUCAAAGCAAAUCUGUCACUUGAUAUACAUUUGCAUGACCAUGUCGAGACACUUUAUGAUCUAAUUCGUCACAAAGCCCUUAUCCAGUAUACACACCCAUUUGUGUCUGUUGAUUUGAAUAUGAUGGCUAAUGCAUUCAAGACAACUGUUGUUGGACUUGAGAAAGAACUCGAAGCAUUGAUUACUGAUAAUCAGAUACAGGCUCGAAUUGAUUCACACAACAAAAUAUUGUAUGCACGGCACGCAGAUCAAAGGAAUGCCACCUUUCAAAGGGUUCUAGAAACUGGAAGGGAAUUUGAUCGGGAUGUUCGUUCCAUGUUGCUGAGAUCAAAUCUAAUUAAGCAUGACUACAAUGUUAGGGCAUCAAGGAAACUUUGA